AUGACCACCCCCGUCUCCGAACAGGACAUCGCACGGGCGAACGCCAUCAAGGAAGAGGCCAACAUUCUCUUCGCCAACAAGAAGUUUGAAGAGGCCAUUGAGAAGUAUACUGAGGCUAUCGAGGUCAAUCCCAACGUCGCCGCUUUCUACGCCAACAGAGCCUUUGCCCACACAAAGAUCGAGGCCUAUGGUGCCGCUAUUCUUGAUGGAGACAAGGCAGUGGAGGUUGACCCAAAGUACGCCAAGGGAUACUAUCGUCGUGGAGUCGGCAAGUACGCCCUCGCCCGCUACAAAGAGGCUGCCAAGGACUUUAGAAUUGUGCUCAAGAUUGCGCCCAACGACAAGGACGCCAAGCUCAAGCUGGACGAUUGCGACAAGACCGUCGCUAGGAUGGCCUUUGAGAAGGCAAUUGCCUCCAACGAGGUUGUCAAGAAGGUCUCUGACUCGAUCGACACCCAGUCCAUUAUUGUCGAGGACGCUUAUGAUGGUGUCAGAAUCGAUGAUGGCAAGGUCACCAAGGAGUUUGUUGAUGACAUGAUUGAGCGCUUUAUCGGCCAGAAGAAGAUCCAUCGUCGCUACGCAUACGAGAUUAUUCUCCAGGCGAGAAAGUACUUCAUGGAGCAGUCCUCGCUGGUCGACGUCGAGAUUCCAAAGGACCACAAGCUGACAAUCUGCGGAGAUGUUCACGGACAGUUCUACGACUUUAACAACAUCUUUAAACUCAACGGCCGCCCCUCAGAGACUCACGCCUACCUCUUCAACGGCGAUUUCGUCGACCGCGGCAGCUUCUCGCUCGAGAUCAUCUUGACCCUCUUUGCCUACAAGCUGCUCUACCCCACAGGAAUGUACCUCACACGCGGCAACCACGAGACGGACGACAUGAACAAGGUCUAUGGUUUUGAGGAUGAGGUCAAAGCCAAGUUCUCAGAGACCAUGUUCAAGAUGUUCUCGGAGACCUUUGCCACCUUGCCUUUGGCACACUUGGUCCAAAAGAAGAUCUUUGUCGUCCACGGCGGAUUGAGCUCAAGAGACGAUGUCACUUUGGAGGAGAUUCGCAACAUUGACCGUGUCACCAAGGGCCAGCCUGGACAGGGAGGUUUGAUGUCAGAGUUGCUCUGGGCUGAUCCCCAGUUCUUGCCAGGACGGAGUCCUAGUGCCCGCGGUGUUGGACAAAAGUUCGGACCCGAUGUCACCGAGAACUUCUGCAAGAUGAACAACAUCGAUAUGAUUAUUCGAAGCCACGAGGUCAAGCAACAGGGAUACCAGGUGGAGCACGAUGGACGUUGCGUCACCAUCUUCUCAGCACCCAACUACUGUGACUCGGUCGGAAACAAAGGAGCGUAUAUUAAUGUGACACCCGAAACGGAAAAGGGAUACAAGCUGGACUAUGUUCAGUUUGAAGCUGUGGAGCACCCCAAGACACAACCUUACUCUAACAAGUUCCGUGGAGGAUUCUGA